ACAGCACCAACUGCCAAUUCACCUUGUCCUAAGUGUUUUCUUGCCUCGUCUCCCUUAGUUGCCACCGUCCGUCUCAUACUUGAGCUCACCAUGCAUACCAGCGAAUACGACUAUCUUUUCAAGCUUCUCCUCAUCGGUGACUCUGGUGUCGGAAAGUCUUGUCUCCUCCUCCGUUUCGCAGACGACACGUACACUGAGAGUUAUAUCAGUACUAUUGGUGUUGACUUCAAGAUCCGCACUAUUGAACUCGAAGGGAAGACCGUCAAGUUGCAGAUUGUGAGUCAAGAAAGAUUCCGCACCAUAACGUCCUCGUACUACAGAGGCGCUCACGGUAUCAUCGUUGUGUACGAUGUUACUGAUAACGACACUUUUACGAACGUCAAGCAAUGGCUACAGGAGAUAGACCGGUACGCUUCUGAGGGCGUCAAUAAGCUGCUGGUUGGGAAUAAGAGUGAUCUUACCAGCAAGAAGGUGGUGGAGUACAGUGUGGCGAAGGAAUUUGCCGAUCAACUUAGUAUUCCUUUCCUGGAGACGUCCGCAAAGAAUGCGACAAACGUCGAACAAGCGUUUUUGACGAUGGCGAAACAGAUCAAGGACAGGUGAGAUGGGAUCGACCUUCGACACCUGCUGGCGGCGCCAAAUCGUCAACAGUUACUCCAGGGCAAUCUGUUCAGCAACAGUCGAGCCCUAGUUGCUGCUCUUGAAGGAGGGUUGUGAUCGGCUUGGGGUGGGGUUACGUCAUCGAGAUUGAGCGGGUUUUUUUAUCAUAUUCCCUUCUACAUAUCAUCUGCUACUUUGGACAUGUUCUUUGCGCUUUAUCAAUUUUCUGCGUCCUAAUUCUAGGCUUUCUCUGCUACUA